ACUCACACCUCCUCCCGCUGACAGACAGUCUCUCUCCGAGCAGAGGCUGUGUGUGACGGCUCUAGUCCACGCUCCAUGCCAGCGUCUGGUUCUUCUGACUUUCUAUUUUAAAGAUAUCUUAACCCGUCUUCAGUCAGACGUCAUUAUUGACCUAGAAAACAGCACGUGAACAGGUUUCUUUUCUUCCUCUGGUCAACCUGAGUCGGUCUGUGUGGUUGACUGAGUCUGAGCGUCCAUCCUGUGGUUGGCUGGUCUCUGCGGUGUUUUAACAGACUUUGUUAUUCCUUACUGGCUCCAGUUUGUGGAACAGUGGGUGAAAGUUUAAACUGGAAGAGUUGGGCAUCAGAAAAAAGUCUUAUAAGACCAGAAACCUCGACUGCUGACAGGAAAAGUCCUCAAGUUGUUACCAAUGGAGCUCCGACUGACAGAUAAUCUGAGGUUUGCGUUCAUCUUGAUCAUCCUCUUCUCUAGAGGUUCAAGUGAAAAUGACCAGGACUUGAAGUUUUGUGGCACCUGGCGCCAUGGCAAGGCCCCCCUCAGCCUGAACGUCAACCUCUCCCCAGGCUGUAGUAAUAUCUCAAUCUCAGCUAAUCAGAGCUCUCUGUCCAUCAAUGGGAAGAUCACAGCUCAGUGUAAGCGGUCGGAUGUGAUUCCCCUCGAGCAGCUUGGACUUGAUUCAGAGGAAACUCCAUUCUGUCUCUACUGGGAGCCGCUACUGGACCAGUUGCAACUGGAGGUCGGAGGAAAGAACCUCACUCUGUGCUGGCCUGCCAGCAUGCAUGGCUCCUGCUGCACUGAUCUGUCUAAUGGUGCCAAAGCACCCGAAGCAUCCUACGGCAUCGCCAAUGGGGCGAUCAAAGAUGAUCUCUCUACACACAAAACACUGACAGCCUACAUGUUCAAAGGAGAGUCCGUCGACUGCAAAGCAUUAUGUGAUCAACGGAACCAGGGAUCCACCCAAGUCAACAUGGCUGGUACGGUGGUGAAUAUUGAGCAUCCGUGCGCCCGCAGCUCGGAGGUGGAGAUGAAGGAGGAUAAUAGAGUCUACAACGUCACAUCGCCUGCCACUGAAGGUGUUUCUGCAGAGUCCGCUACCACUGUCCAUCUCCCACCUGCUCUAAAGCAAGCUGCAAAGACGACUAACAAAGUAGUCUGCACUUUCUUCAAAAACAACUCGCUGUUCCAGGAGGGUCCCAAGGAGGUCAAGAUUAUUGAUGAUGUGGUGGAAAUCACGAUGGAGAACGAGAUCAUCACUGAUCUGUCGGAGCCAAUUAGGAUUGGCUUUCACCAUAAUGUCAUAUCUAAAAUGUAUUCAAGGAAGUGUGUUUCAUGGGACACCAGAAAAGAUCCGUUGCAGGUCAAUUGGUUGGUGGAUGGAUGUGAGACACAACAGAAAGGAGAAGAACACACCGAGUGCCUCUGUAACCAUCUGACUUACUUCAGUGUACUAGUGCAAAUGGAGCCUCGCCCAGUGCGCCACCUCCUGGCACUGACCGCCAUUACAUCUCUGGGCUGUGCAGUAUCCGUGAUCAGCUGUGUCGCUCUCAUCAUUUAUCUCUGCAGUAAGAGGCGAUCUAAGGAGCAGUCCAUACCCAUCCACGUGGGCUUAGCCGUGUCCCUCGCCAUCCUCAAUCUGCUCUUCUUCUUUACUGGCGUCCUGGCCAACGUGGGAGGGGAGAGUUUGUGCGUCUGGGUCGGUGCAGGUCUCCACUACGCCCUACUCAGCUCCUUCACCUGGAUGGGCAUAGAGGUUUUCCACACCUGCUGGUUGGUCUACAUGGUUUUCAGCCCCUCCCCGAAGCCCUACGUAUGGAACCUGAUCGGCUUCGUUGCUCCUGCUGUUCCCAUAAUCAUCUUGGCUUCAGUAGGGGACAUAUAUGGACUGAGAGAGGUGGUGCCAAGCGAUGACGUCUCCAAUCCUUAUCUGAUGUGCUGGAUGAAAGCGAACCACAAGGCCAUGCUGGCCCACUAUUUCACCAAUAUGACAGUCCUGGCCGUCCUGGUGUUCUCGGGCAUCGUGAUGCUCAUCGUGGUCUACAUGGAGAUCCGUAACAGGGAUGAAUGGAAGAAGAACCGUGUGGCUUUCUUCAGCAUCUGGGGCCUCAGCUGCCUCUUUGGGACAACUUGGGGUCUGACCUUCCUCAACUUGGGACCCCUCUCUGACUUCGUCCUCUUCCUCUCCUGCAUCCUCAACUCUUUUCAAGGUUUCUUCCUGAUGCUGCGGUUCUACGUGCUGGACCGGAUGAGGAAACAUGCUGGUGGCUCUGCUCUACGCAGCUCCAGCACCGGGUCUACCAGGCAACAAAUGCUAUCGGCCCCGGAGAAGUUAGAUGGACAUCAAAGCUGCAGCAGUCGAGCUAUCUAUUCUUAUCAAAGUAAAUAUCAAAAUGGAGAAGAACUUUAAACUGUAGAUUGAUGCACUGUAUCUUCAGCUGAAUUUCUGUUGUCGGGCGUGGCGGUAACUGCUGAGUGAAGUGACAUCCCACAACUGAAGACAAAAAGCAGUGAGCGAGCUCUCCGCACAGCCUACACCUCUCAUUCUUCUGGUAUCCUCUGGCAUUAAACAUCACAGACCAACUGUGGUGGUAAACACACAUUCACAGACACCGCCAGCUUACCAAGCUAAUUGGGCUUAAUCAGUCAUUCUUGUGGGUGCAAAUUGUGUUCAUUAGUCAUCUCAUGAGGUGAAGAAUUACCAGAUUUUUUAUCCUUUUUUUUGGGGCAUUAAUUGAUUUUUGUUUAAUUUGAGCUACAGAUUGAACGUGGAUGGCGAUUAUCUUAAUAUAAUGAAUGAACGCCUUGCUGGAAGUACUUUUAAUCAACAUCAUUCACUUUGCAGUCAAAACUGGUUAAAUAAAACGUGAUUACUUGAUCUCAUCUUCUCUGGGACAGUGGAGAAGAAAUGACACCAUCACUCAGGAACUCAUAUAUACAGGCCUGGAGCCUGUAUUUGUAUAAUACCUAGACUGGAUCUAGUUACAGAAGGGAAAGAAUUUAUUAAAGAUUUUAAAUUGUAAGCUGGAUAUAGCUUUAUUUCCAGACAGGGACAACGUGGCUAUGUUAAAUGAUUGCGAGUUACUGUGCUGUGAUUUCCAUUCAAUUGUCUGCAAAGAAAUAUGAUACGUUAUCGAAGCUUUCCUCCAACCUUAGAUAAGCUUUUUAUUUUUUAUUUUGUACUGUGUAAGUGUUUGUUUUACAGCUAAUUUAUAGUCUUUUUAGCACUUUAGAUUUUCAAUCUUUAAAAAAAAAAAAGUAUUUAGAACCUCAGUGAGUUGUCUUUUUUAUUGUUUUGCAUAGAAGACAUUUCAUAUACGGUAUGUGCACACAACAAAAUAAUAGCUGAAUGUUUUAUAAUAGAUGACUCCAUAUUUGUUUUUUCCAGGCCACAUUCAGACCUUCAGUCAACAUAAUUAAAAAACUGUAAUAAUUAUCAGGUCUUCAUCUUCAAAAUGGCUCGAUUUGCGUUUAAACUGAGUUAAUUUAAACCAUAUCUGGUUGGCAGAAUGUGGUCCAAUUUUAGAAUAAAAAUGUCAUAUACCUGUAUAUAUCAUUUUGUUGAAUAAGACAUUUAUUUCAUCUCCAGCAGAACCCAAGAGAGUUUCUAGAUACUGUGAUAUUUGCACUUCUUUUUUAUUUUCUAAGGUGAACAUGUACGUCACUCAAAUGAUUGUGUAUGGUUGAGUUUUUGUGGAUGUAAAUAUAGUAUUAAUAAAGAUCUUUUUGGUUAAAA